AUGGCCGAUAUCAUCACCACAGAGGGCGGGUUCCGUCUUCAGGAUGGAACUGUCCUGUACCAGAAGACAUGGAAGGAACGACAUCCCGUCCUGUCCCCGAUUAUCCUCGAUACAACAGCCCGCGUUGGUGACGCCCUCAGCACCAUGAACAAGACAUUUCACUUCGUAUCUGAUGCCCAGGUCGACCGGAAAAGCCAAAGGUCACUGCGCAGCCAUGUGAUGAAGGGCAAGAAUUCCGGGAAAACCUUCCAUCGCGCCUCGAGGCUGGACUUGGCCCGGCAGCGACCGUAUCGCUAUUCGGCUCCACGCACAUCCCACAAGGAAACAAGCAAAAACACCAGUCUACCUCGCACUACCGUGGAGAGAAAUAUUGGAAAUGUGUUCCUGACCGUCCCCUGUCCGGUAGAGCUCAGACCCGAUUCGCUGAGGAUUAUCAACCAGUUUUACAUGUACGUGGUGCAGAAGAUGUACCCCUCACAGCUUGGCCUAUCGCUUGACGAGGGAAAGUCCAUGUGGUUCAACUACAUGCUCGCUGACGAGGCCGCCGCACACUGUAGCAUCGCCUUGAUGGAGACAUGCAACGAGUUCUUCUACAGCCAGGGGGUCAGCUCAGCGAAAGCGCUCCACCACCUAUCGCAGGCAUUCACCCUGGUCAAUAGGAGAAUCCAAAGCGAUGAGGCUCUGUCGGAUUCCACGUUAGGAAUCAUCCUCAUGCUGAUCUUUCAGGAGCAGCUCCGAAAGGCGAAGUGGGAAAGCAAGGUCCACUACGAAGGGCUCAGGAAGAUGGUCGAGCUGCGUGGGGGGUUGACCCGGUUGGAGGGGAACCAUCCACUGGUGCUGAAGAUCUGCAAAACGGACAUAACGUACGCCCUUCAAUACGGGGGGCCGGUGGUAUUCUUCCGAGACCGGUUCUCCGAGGUAUCCAAUAUGCUAUCAGCAAAGGGAUUUAAUCUCGAUCGCAUUCCAGCUACUUCCUCAAUCCCCUACAACUCCCUCAACCCCUAUCUCCAUAAUAUCCUCAUCGACGCCACAUCCUUCACCACCCUAUCAAACCAUCUCCCCCCCAACCAGCCCAUCAACAUCAGCGCCUUCCAAGAAAUGCUCAUCUCAAUCCUCAGCCGUCUCAUCCGCUUCCGCCCCUUACAAAGUCCCAUGCCAGAAUGCACCGUCGAAGCAGCGUACCACAUCGGGUUGAUCGUGUUGAUGAUGACCGUGUUCUUGCAAUUCGACCAUCGUCGAAUACUGGAGUACGAGCUGGUUUCUCUCCGGCUCAGAGAUGUGGUUGAGAGUGGGCUCGAUGAAGAGGAGCCUGAGUUGGCUCUAUGGCUGGUGUUUCUGGGUGGGAUUUGGACCUCGGGGGGUAGCAAGGGGUGGUUUGUUGAGAGGAUUUGCGGGUUGGUUGGGAGGAUGGGUAUGAGGAGCUGGGCCGAGGUGCAGGGCUUGGUUUGCAAGUUUCCGUGGGUUGGCGCGCUGCAUGGGCCACUGGGGAGGGGGGUGUGGGAGUUGGUGGGUGUUUGUUACGCUGUUAUUGAUUAG